AUGUGGGACAAUGUAGGGGCUUCUCCUGAAGUCCCCUGUUAUCUCCACGGUUUUGAGCAUGUUCAGCUACAGGUUGCAGACUCCUCACCUGAAUGUCAGAAAGUUUGUGAUGCACUGACGGGUGGCUGGUACAGUGAGCUGGAUGAAAGUGGAGUGGAGAACCUCUGGGAUGGUGUGUUGAGCACCAAGUCUGCGGACCUGAUAGGGGACAUGUCUGGGGGCCUGGUCUCACCUCGCAUGGCUUUGCGCUUUAGCGGCUUGUGUGCGCAUGUUCCACUGGCUCUUUGUGUCGUCGCUCGCUCUCUAUUGGCUCUCCCUGCGCUCUGCGCUCAGCCUUCAGACCGGACCAGCCUCCGCGCAGCACAGUGCGUGCGCCGAACGUGUGCGUGCAGCUCGGUCACGCCGCCUGGACCUGGACUCAGCUUCCCUCGCUUCCCUUUAGUGGCAAAAAUGGAGAAAAAGAGCGAGAUAAACGGGCACGCCAUGCCCAGCUCGACCUCCACCGACCGGAUGCUGGAGAAAAGCGCGCGGAAGAACUGCAGGGAGAAGCUGGUGGAGUUUCUGAGAAAGAACCUGCUGGUGAUCAUGACGGUGUCCGGGGUGCUGGUGGGCGUCGGGCUCGGCAUGAUGGUCCGCAACAUGAGCUUGACCAAGGCGCAGAUGACCUACUUCGCCUUCCCCGGAGAGAUGCUCCUCCGGAUGCUGAAAAUGAUCAUCCUGCCCCUGGUCGUCUGCAGCCUCGUUUCCGGCGCAGCCAGCCUGGACACCCGCUCCCUGGGUAAGCUGGGGGGCAUCGCGGUCGCCUACUUUCUGGUGACCACGCUGAUCGCCUCGGGGAUCGGGGUGGCCCUGGCCUUCAUCAUCAAACCCGGCGUGGGCGCAGGAGCCCUGAACACCAACAACUUGGGACUGGAGAGCAUCAGCAGCGACAAGGAGACCACUGACUCGUUUUUAGAUCUGGCCAGGAAUUUAUUCCCAGCGAACUUGGUGGCAGCGGCUUUCCGUUCUUAUGCCACUGACUACAAGAUGGUUGCUGUCGGAAACGACACCAAUGGGACCACCCUCUAUCAAAAGGUGCCUGUUGGUACAGAAACAGAUGGCAUGAACAUCCUGGGUCUGGUGCUAUUUGCCAUGGUAUUUGGCGUGGCACUGAGGAAGCUGGGAGAUGAGGGGGAGGAACUCAUUCGUUUCUUCAAUGCCUUCAACGAGGCCACCAUGGUGCUGGUGUCCUGGAUCAUGUGGUAUAUCCCUUUUGGCAUCAUGUUCCUGGUGGGCAGUAAGAUUGUGGAAAUGGAGGACGUGGUUCUUCUGGUCACCAGUCUGGGAAAAUACAUCUUUGCUUCAAUCUUGGGCCACAUUAUCCAUGGAGGUAUCGUCCUGCCCCUCAUCUACUUUGGCUUCACACGCAAGAACCCCUUCAGUUUCCUGUCAGGCCUCAUCACGCCUUUCACCACCGCUUUCGCCACCUGCUCCAGUUCAGCAACUCUUCCCUCUAUGAUAAAAUGUGUUGAGGAGAACAAUGGUGUGGACAAACGCAUCAGCCGCUUCAUCCUUCCUAUCGGGGCCACUGUUAACAUGGAUGGGGCCGCCAUAUUCCAGUGCAUCGCCGCUGUCUUCAUCGCUCAGCUCAACAACUCGGAGCUGAACGCCGGACAGAUCUUCACCAUCCUGGUGACAGCCACAGCCUCAAGUGUAGGUGCAGCAGGCAUCCCAGCUGGUGGCAUCAUAACCAUCGCCAUCAUCCUGGAGGCGAUCGGCCUGCCGACCAACGACCUGUCCCUCAUGCUGGCGGUGGACUGGAUCGUGGAUCGUACCACCACGGUGGUGAACGUGGAGGGCGACGCUCUCGGUGCUGGCAUCCUCCACCACAUCAACCAGCAGGAGAUGAAGAAGCAGCAGGAGCAGCAGCAGCAGCAAGAGGGGGAGCUGGCGGAAGUCCGGGUGGAGGCGGUGGCCAACGUCCAGGCGGAGGAGGAGACCUCACCGCUCGUCACGCACCAAAGCAAAGCCUUGGGGGCCACGCCAGAAGCCAUCGAGUCUGUCCUGUGAACUCAGCGAGACUUUUCGGUCUUGCCCCCUGACCUUUUGACACUUCUGACGGUGCUGCUGAAGCACCCUUCUGACUCAGUGUCCAUUCAAGAACAAGGUCGCUGGUGGUUUGACUUGUGAGGAAAGCGUCAUUGUAACAGUCUGUCUAGAGCAGUGACAGUCUCCCGUGCACCUAGUGCUUUAGAAUUUGGAUCAGUUGGCCCAAAAUCUCACAAUUAUCGGGCUCACUCAGUUGAUUAAAGUGUUUUGUGAUAAACAGUGAUGGAAACACUUUGUGUGAAAUGUCCCUCAACAUUCCCAUACAUGUCGUAGUUGUUUUUUGUAUCAUGUGCUGUAUGAGAUGCUCAUGGCUGUCACGGUUACGUUAGCACAUCGUCGUGUGCAUUUAUGUUUUUGUCUGCAGAUAGCAAAUACAACGACCAACAUUAACUGUAGAACGCUAACAACUUGCCAAAUGCUGUCAAUGCGUGUAAGUCCAGCACCUAACAAAUGCUUGACAGCGUCGUUAUGACUUAAUUGCGCAUUCAGUGGCCUCAGCUCAGCUUGCGUUUCAUUUGUUCAGCUCAUUUGCUGUGAAACAGCAAAUUGUGUCUUCUAAAGCUACAUCAGAUUGAAAAAGUCCCAGGUUUAAAAUUGCUGUUUGUCAUAAUUCAGGGAGAUGUUGACGAGAUGUACCCAUUCUGUUUGCUGACCCUCGGCAGACAGUUUCAAACAUUAACCCUUCAAUGAGAGGUUAAGUAUUUGGCCUAUUUUUUGGACAAGCCUCGUUGAACCUGAAGUUUUGGACGUUGAACCAUUUGAGUUAGUGUGUUCAUGUGCAUGCCUUGCCAUUAUGGUCUCAUGUAAGAAAACCCUUUGAUACGUCUUAUACCCACAGACUAAUCCUACUUAUCCCUGAGUAAACAGAACAUUGGGGUUAUUUACAUAACCAUGGUUCUGGAAAGCUCUAACACCAUGGAAAAAGAUCACAUAAACAGUGAUAAGAUACAUAAUGUUUUCCCAGCUGAUAUCAGCAUUUUCCAAGCAUGUUCCUCUAAUUUUGGAAUGACAGCGGAACAGCCUGGAUCCUGCUCUUCUAGUAAUGGCUAUACGCUGAACACUGUCUCAGCUCACCAGCUCUCAAGUUGCAUUAAUGCAUCAGCGGUUUUAUAUCAGUCCUCUUGAGAUAGCAAAUGAGGAGCUACACAGAUGCUAUUGUUGCCCAAAAGCUGAAGACCUCCACUUUGAAGGCAUCUGGAGGAUCUUAUGAGAUCCUGUUAAAGAUGUAGUUAAAGGACACAAUUACAUUUGAUUGAGCAUUCGUUUGCAAGUACUGUCAACACUCUUGUUUGUUUGGCUUCAUGAAAACACUCCAGUCUCCCAUUUAUUAAAGAACGCACGUUCAACUUGUGAUUGUCAGUAAACUCCGUAGUUUAGGAUUACGAAACUCCAGAAAAUCCACAAGGACUUUACUCGAAAAAUCAAAGCCUCAUCGCAUGUUUUGACACAAAUACUGGACCAAACCACAGGAUGAGUUCACAUCAUAAUCUGUGUCAUUAUUUUGUGAAUCCAUCCUUUGAUUUUAGAGUGUUUUUUUUUCCUCUGUGGUGUUUUAGAGGCUUUCCUCAUCACAUUAACCUUCAGGAGGUUGUGAGAUGCUUCUUGAUAUUUGUAAUUUAUUUUUAAGACAUGAGAAGCAUCCCAAGCUACUGUGUCACAGUCCCUGACUCUCCACCAAAACCUCUACCUCUCUUAUUAGCUAAAUUUUACAGCAGAAGUUCUCUCAAUGACUGACGACAGCAUACUUUUAUUCAGCCUGUGUGAUGAAUUAUUAACUGUGGUUCUAGAUCAUUUGAAAGGGAACAUUGGUCCUUGCCAUCAUCACGGCUCAUUGGGAUUUUCUAAAGUGUAGCUACUGCCUGGUGUUUUUCCCUAAUCUAGGAAUUAAAACUGUAAACUUGCCCGUUCCAUCGCUGAUGUCCAUGUAGUGUGAAGGAAAGUGCCAAAUUUCUGAUGGUGAGAUAAGGUUUGGGUUCAGGAUGCAGGACUUGCCUCUGCUGUCCUCUAGUGGUGACAGACAUUAAUGUGAAAGCACUAACCUGAGGGCGAUCGCAUGUCAGAGCUCGGCUGAGCCUUUUUUGAGUUUGUCUGAAACACUUGUGAGUCUUCAGCUGACUUUGUUGAACAAUAAAUUUGGAAUAUUUAUUUGACCUAUCAUGUGACAUUCAUAGGGAACAUCCGGUGAUCAGACUCCUCCAGAGUUUUGUUGCCUGUAUUUUAAAGUGAAGACCACUCAGAGAAGGAGGAACGCUGUGUGAACAUGAGCUGUGAACUUAAGCUUAGUGCAUGCUGUGUCACCUGAUGUCUCAGGUGCUCAUUCUGGCGUGGUGCUGCUGCUUUAGUUUUGGCUCAUGGUGUGUCAGUUGAAACUGUCUGCUUUAAAGAGGAAGUGAACUAACAUGUUUGAAAAUGUUUUACAUUUGAGUUUUAACAGAUGACUUUUCUAAGAUAACAAGCGCUCUGUUAACCUAAAGCCUAAAGUUUUAUGACUAGAUUUUGUUCAGUAUAUCCGGUACAAACACAUGUAAUUACAUACAAUGUGCUACAUGUGCUAUAGUAUAUUUGAUAUUAAUUUAUUUGUAAUUGUUUUAACUUUUUGUAUGAUUUGUACUUUCUCAUUUUAACACCCUCAGUGUCAAAUUUUUUAUUGUUACGAUACAGUUUUUUAAGAAUUCCUCUGCCAGCGUUUGUGAUAACCUGCUGUUAGAAACGUACUUUGAUUUUUGCUGUGUUUUUUUGUUCAGGAAUAGUCACUGCCUUGCCUGUGCCAUGUCUAAGUCUAACA